AUGGGGAAGACGGCCGUUUUUGUUUCGAGGAUCCCGCUCCCUCUGACGUCAAUCUCACUGGGAAGACUUAUCACUGUCCUGAAGAACCCUCCCCAAAAUUUCUUUGACCCCCACGAGAAACUUGCGGCCAAGCCCAGGCCUGACAGUGAUCAUUCUGACGUUCUCAACCCCUCCGAAUUCAUCGAGCGGUCAUAUGGUACCAAGCUGGAGCUGGUGCUGGCCAGUUUUGCCUCGGCCUUUUUCAAGGUCGAAUCGACACAUGCUCGGCGACUGGCUGCCUGCCGUAUGACGCGCUACUUCAUUCUCAAUGCCGACGACUGGUUCGAUAGCGUCUGUGGGGAGAAAGAGACGCAACUCUGGCUCGAACGACAGACGAUGCGCAAGAAAGACAUCUACCUAGUCACCGAGUAUUGCACACUUGUUCAGCAUACCUCCAGCACCGACACUACGCUGGCUGCCUCGGCGGGCGAGUCGGUCACAGCGCCUCUUGCUGCUGCGGCUGGCAUAUCUCUGCCGACACCAUGGGAUCCUUCAGCAGCUGCCCGUGUGGAGAGUUCCCAUACCAGUCGAGUGUCGUACGAAAUUCCCGGGGAGAAAGUGUUCUGGGUAGGGUACCAACAGGUCAAGCUCUCUAAGAACAAGGAAGGGCAACUCCAAUACUCGCUGUCUGAUAAGAGGAGAUGGCAGGAACUGAGCAGUAGAAGAGACGAUAGUGUGGACAAGCGGGUAGUCGUCAUUGCUGAUUUAUGCAAUGUAAGCAUUCCGGAUGAUUGUGAAACCCUGGAAACAGAGCAUACAGUCUACUUGUUCGAGAGAACCGUUGAGCAGUGA